AAAAGUCUGCUUCAGUGGUUUUAUAUGCUGUGUUUCUUUGGGAGCUUUUCUGUGCUGUACAUGUUUUUCCACACUGACGUCAAAAGAAAACUAAUAACGCCAUCGAUUGAAUCCCUAUUUUUGCAUAAUGUUGAUGUGUUUACUGAGGAGGUCCCAGGGUAUUAUUGCCCAAGUAACAUUGAAGAGGAUGCUGCCGAAGAUAUUCUUUGCAUGGAGAGAAAGCAGUUUCUAAAGAAUUACAAAAAUCCAUGCUGGCUUCAAGAGAUAGACGACUAUGGAAGUUAUCCCGUACAAACAGAGCUCCGUUGCUUUCCAUACUUCCAUAUAUUUGGUGUUUGUAAGACUGGGACGACAGAUCUUUUUUUCCGGCUAACCCAACAUCCACAGAUAUUGAACAAUUUUGGUCUUCUUAAUAAGGAGACUUGGUACUGGUCCUGGAGGCGCUAUGGCCAAGCCACCAUAAAUCAGACAAAAAUUACACUAGACGAGUUUUCGAUGCUAUUCAGCAUGGAUAAAAUGAGAGAGACAAAAACUUCAUUAGAUGACUGGUCACAGUAUUCGGAUCUUAUUACAGGUCAUGGUGAUCCUAUGGAUUUUUGGGAUCAUAGUCAUUGGCGAGAAAUUCCACAGAACGCCCCAUAUUCAAAGUCACCAAAAUUCUUGACACCACACUUAGUAAAGCAUGUACAACCAAACAUCAAAUUGAUUCUGCUGCUUCGCGAACCUGCAGAAAGAUUGUAUAGUCAUUAUUACCAUGGAAGAUAUGGCAGAACAUCGGAAGAAUUUCAUCAUGACGUCAUCACAGGGAUACAAGUGUUAAAUGAGUGCCUCUCCUUCAACAGUUUCAAAACUUGUUUAUAUGGACAUGAUAUAACACAAUUAAUGCGUCUUCCACUGUCUGCUAGUUUAUACUAUAUUCACCUCAAAGAGUGGCUCGAUGUAUUUCCCAGGGAACAGAUAUUUAUUUUAAGGAAUGAAGAUUAUCAAAAAGAUAUGAAAUACAGUCUUCUUAAAUUAUUUGCUUUCCUUGGUGUGGGAGACAUUCCGUCAAACCUGUUGAACGAAAUUAUAAAGAUGCCACACAAGUACGAGACAAAACGGAAACAAAAUCAAGGUUCUAUGCUUAACGAAACAUGGGAAAUAUUAACUGAUUUUUUCGAGGAACCAAAUAGAAAAUUGGCAGCCAUGUUAAACGAUGAACGAUACCUUUGGAAAGACACAGAAUUCAAGUUCAGACCUAAAAAGUUACAAAGGAUAGUAAGAAAGAUAAGAGGAGAUGACCAUUUAAGACGUUAUUAUGAAAGAAAGAAAAAUUCAGAACUCAAUCCAAAAUCAAUGAUUGAUCGUUUUAUAAUGUCAUCCAAUUCCUAUGAAGAAUGGGUAGCAAAGGUAAAGAAAUACCAGGAAGAAAGACUUAAAACAUACAAUUCAAAUAAGAGAAAAAAACCAGACAGAACUUUUCAUCGUGAAAAACUAAAAAUGAACCAACCUUCAUCUUUACCAUUUUCUCCUUCUCACAGAAAUCAUACGUUUCAGCAAUCAAAAAGAAAUGAUAGUGAAGUAUUAGAAGUUGUUACGUUUUCAAGCAGCACUAAUUCAGAUCAAAAGAAAAGCUAUAUUCAAAAAGAUUUUACAAAUACAAGUGACACUGAUAUAACAAAAUCUGUGUCAAACUAUACAGUUAAAAAUCAAAUCAAACCACCUGUUUAUGUAGGAAAUAUCACUCGUGUUCGUUCUAUACCCACCAGAAAAAGAUUACAGAAUUUUCAUCGAAGAAGAAAGAGACGCGAGAGACGGACAGUUCAUAGCUUUAAGUCUAUAUAUUGA